AUGGCAUAUUUGCUGCUCAUUGAUCUGUUUCUAAGGAGUGUUUCUCGGGCUUGCGUGAACGCCUUCCUUACUUUGUCAAUUACGUUUUUCUGUGUGAUUCUGGCUUUGCUUUUGUACCAGCCAACAAGCGCCAAUCAAACUCCCUGUAAAAUGAUCCCCGGAAAGCUUCAUGCUCUGUGCCAGAGCGAAAGCAGCGUCAGCUCUGAGCUGGCCAAGGACCCCGACACGGCUCCUUAUGAGAUAAUUGCAAAGCUCUAUAAAAAUUUAAAAGGCGACCUUAAUGAGGGGUCUAUUCAAGAAAAACAGCUUGAAUAUACCCCCGAAGAGUUGCAAGCCGCGUAUGAAUGUGGUACAUGGGGCUCUCAACGUCCUAGUGAUCUUUUUCUAAAGAUUUAUCAUGAUGCUUUGUGUACUCUUGGGAGAGACCCAAUGGCCGGUCUCAUAUCUCCGUCCUUGAUGGGCAGCUGUGGUGUCGUGCCGUUAACAAUCAUCGGACCGAUACCAGAUAUCUGCCGUCACAUGUCUAACUGCAUCGUACGCGCAGAAAAGGAAAUCAUUCUUGUGACCAGUUAUUGGAUAUACUCGAAUAGCUCCCGGCUAUUGACCAAUGCAAUGAAGGAAUUGUCGCGACGUGCCGGUCUGCGCGGGACAAGAGUAGUGAUAAAAAUGAUGUAUGAUCGUGGCAACUUGAAGCAGUUUAUAGACAAUCGCCAACCAGUUGGCGUAAAGGAGGCCAGGAGCUCCAAAGUACAACUUCCUGAACCUGAAGAGAUUCCAAACAUUGAUCUUCAGGUGCUCAACUACCACCGCCCUGUUGCCGGAACACUUCAUUCGAAGUUUAUGAUUGUUGACAGAAAGGUUGCCCUGCUCGAAAGUAACAAUAUAGUGGUAAAAUGCCAGGAUAGUGACGGAUUACAGGAUAAUGAUAACAUGGAGAUGAUGGUCCGUUUCGAAGGUCCCAUUGUCGAUUCUUUUUAUGACAUGGCGCUCAUCUCUUGGAACGUUGCACUAAACCCUUCGCUGCCAUUGAUCGAUACCCCAGCUAGAUCUAAGAUACCUCCGAGUUAUUCCUUCACUUUUGCGAAGCAUCGUUCCAAAGAUAGUGUAUGGAGCAGCCAAGGAGAUAUCAUGGCUAAAAUCCAUUCAGAAGAACCUGAAGACAAGUUGCUGCCAGGGCAUACUCCUGACGAGCCGCAUUAUGAUGCGGAUAUUGUUGCUGAAACAGCGCGGAUAACUGCAUCGCUUACUCCCCGCCCGGGAGAAACCAUGCGCGAUAGUGUGACUCGCCAUCUAAAUAUUGUCACAAAAUCUGGUAUCACCGGCGAUGCCCCUGAAUGGGAUGAGAAGAACCACAUGACUCCCUACAUUUUGCACCAGCCUCACGAGCCAUUCCCAAUGGCAAUGGUAAACCGAGAGCCUUGGGGAGCUUUAAACCAUUCUAGCGUCUAUACUCCGCAAAACGCGGCUUUUCUCGCCGCCAUCGGAAACGCGAAACAUUCCAUUUUCAUCCAAACCCCAGACCUUAAUGCCGAGCAUCUCCUGGAACCACUUCUGGACGCUGUGCGGCGAGGAGUCAUAGUAACGUGUUAUCUUUGCCUGGGCUACAAUGAUGCAGGCCAACUACUCCCGUUCCAAAACGGAAUAAAUGAAAUGACAUGCAACCGUCUUUUUAACUCACUAUCGACGGAUGAAGAGAAAUCCAGGCUGCGAAUAUACAACUAUGUCGGCAAAGACCAGACAAAGCCUAUACAUAACACGUUUAAGAAACGAAGUUGCCAUAUUAAACUUAUGAUCAUCGACGGAAGCGUUGCUAUUCAAGGUUCGCUACUCGCUGCUCCCGCUAUUGUCCUCAUUGUCUUCCCACUAAAUCUGACGGAAAUAUGA